AUGCACCUGGGCUGCAUUCAACAAGGGAAAAAUGAGUCUUUGCGAAGCUAUGUGAAACGUUUCAAUCUGGAAGCAGGACAAAUCCCAGAUCUGCCCGAUGGCGUCUCCUUCGACAAUUUUGUCAGAGUCCUAAAGAAGGGAUCAUUCAAGUUUGACUUAUUUAAGAAGAAGGUGCGAACGAUGGCAGAAGUCCUAGACGAGGCCGAUGCCUUUAUUCAUGCCACAGAAAUAUGCAGUGUGUCCAAAGAUGGGAAGGCUGGAGAGGCGACAGACUCAUCCGGGAAGAAAGAGAAGAAUGACAGGAAGGUCUCACGAGUUAAAGUGGACGUGGGGACCAGGUUUGACCUUGAACGACCCAUUCCAAUGAAGUCUCCUGCUGAGAAUCGAGGUCCUAAGCUGUAUUGCCAGUUCCACGAAGAUAUAGGUCAUGAUACCAAGGAUUUUAGAAGCCUGAAGAGGGCCCUAGAUGGCCUAGCUUCCAAGGGGCACCUGAAGAACUAUCCCCAAAGAAGCUCUCACGGCACGGAAAAAAACCAGUACAAGAAAAAUAAGUCACCUGUCUCAGCUGCAGAAGGAAAUCACAGCGAAGGGGGAUUCGCAGCCGUCAUAUUAGGAGGACCAGCUGCUGGAGGACCCACCAUGAGGGGACAGAAAGAUUAUGACCACCAGCUAGGUCAAGUGAUGUUAUUAGGAAAGUCACCAACGGACCCAUUCCCCCGGAUAGAAAUAUGUGAAUCAGAUGGAGGACGCGUAGCCACCCCGCAUGACGACCCUCUCGUUAUCGAGAUCAAGAUCUCCAACAUGAGGGUAAAGCGCAUAUUGAUAGAUACAGGGAGUUCAUAUGAUAUAAUGAGCAUGGAGUGUCUAAGCCAUCUAGCACAUGACCCUAAGACAAUUGAAAGCAUCCACUACCCUAUCAUUGGCUUUGGAGGAAGCAUCAUACACCCUGUGGGCGUCAUUACCUUUCCAGUACGAAUAGGAGGACGUAAUGAUGGAAGAAAGAUGGGUGUGGACUUCCUAAUUGCCAAGGACUUGACUGCAUACAAUGUCAUCUUGGGACGUCCCACGCUGAGCAAGAUCAAAGUAGUGGUCGUCACCCAUCUCAUGCUCCUGAAGAAUGUAUGUGACGACGGAGCGAUAGGAACUAUACAUGGAGAUCAACAGCAAGCACAGGACUGCUAUCUCACCACUCUUAACCCGUAA